AUGAUUUUUACCCUUCGGCAACUUCAAGAGAAGUGCCGAGAGCAGAACACGCCCCUGUUGAUCGCAUUUGUUGAUUUAAACAAAGCUUUCGAUACGGUGAGUAGGGAGGGGCUGUACAUCGCGCUUAAGAAAAUAGGAUGCCCCCCAAAACUGCUGAAGCUGGUGAAAUCUCUCCACGAUGACACGAAGGCCUUCGUGGCGAAAACUCCCGGGGAGCUUCAGACUUUGUUGGAAAAGUUUGCAUACGCAUGUUCGCUGUUCUCCAUGUCCAUAAAUGCAACGAAGACCGUAAUUCUAGCGCAGGGCUACACCUACCAGCCUUCUAUCUUGCUGGAAGGCGAACCCUUGAAAGUAGUCGACAAGUUCUGUUACUUGGGGUCAACUGUGUCGAACAAUCUUUCCGUUGACGGAGAGAUUGAUAUCCGCAUCGGCAAAGCGGCCACGACGUUCGGCAGGCUGCGUACAAGAGUGUGGAAUAACAAACACCUUACCGCAAAGACUAAGAUGAUAGUCUAUCAAACUUGCAUAUUAAGCAUACUCUUGUACGGAGCCGAGACCUGGACGUCGUACGCCAAACAAGAGCGAAGACUUAACACUUUCCACAUGCGCUGUCUCCGUAGCAUACUUAACAUCACGUGGAAGGACAGAGUAACGAAUGAGAGAGUGUUGGGGAUUGCACAGCUUCCUAGCAUUGUCGCUCUCCUCAAACAGAAACACCUGAGAUUGCUGGGACAUAUACACCGAAUGAACAGUGCGCGUUUGCCCAGACAAACCUUAUUGGGCCAAAUUGCGUUUGCAAAGCGUAACGUGGGGCGACCUAUGCUGCGUUUCAGGGAUUGCGCUAAACGUGACAUGGUUGCAUUUAACAUUGAUCGCAACUCUUGGGAAGACCUAGCAUCGAACCGCAAUGAGUGGCGGAAGACCAUCUUCACGGGUUGCGGAACCCACGAUAGCACCUGGUUCGAAGACCUGGCUCAAAAGCGUGCCAAGAGACACAAUCGCGAGGGGGCUCCUCCACCGAUGAAUCCCCAAUAUGCGUGUCCAAAGUGUGGACGAAUGUGUCGUUCACGGAUUGACUUAUUUAGCCACGAACGGCGUUGUCGCAUAAAUAACACAGACACUGAUUAA